AUGGCUGCGGUUAUCAAAGCUCUCAAUGCCAAGAUUCGGUCAAACCCAACGGUGAGCUACAUUUGCUCAACCCAUUUUUGGGGCCCCGUUUCCAACUUUGGUAUCCCCGUCGCGGCCGUCAUGGACACGCAGAAGAGCCCGGACCUGAUCUCCGGCGGCAUGACCGGCGCCCUCGUCAUCUACUCCGCCACCUUCAUGCGCUACUCUCUCGCCGUCACCCCCAAGAACUACCUCCUAUUCGCCUGCCACUUCGUCAACGAGUGCGCGCAGCUGACCCAGGGCUACCGGUUCCUGUCAUACCACAACUGGGGAGGCAAGGAGGCCCUCGAGGCUGCGAAGGCCCAGGCCGCCAAGGUCGAGGACAAGGCCAAGGCUGCUGUCAGCAAAUAA